AUGGCAUCGUAUAACAUCAGUUCAGUAGCGGCAGACGGGCUCAAUAUUUUCUACAGAGAGGCCGGCCCAACAGACGCACCUGUCAUACUCUUAUUGCAUGGUUUUCCCAGCUCUUCACACCAAUUCCGCAACCUCAUCCCCCUCCUCGCCGCCGCUUACCACGUCAUUGCCCCCGAUCUCCCAGGCUUCGGAUUCACAGAAGUUCCCAACUCCCGCGCUUAUCCCUACACAUUCGAUUCCAUCGCCACCUCCAUAGAAGCCUUCCUCGACGCCCUCUCCAUUAAGAAAUUCUCCCCCUACAUCUUUGACUACGGUGCCCCAACCGGCCUCAGACUAGCACUACGCAGACCUGAAGCCGUGCAAGCAAUCUUCAGCCAAAAUGGGAACGCUUAUGAUGAGGGACUAGGAGCAUUCUGGGAUCCUCUUAAGGAAUUCUGGAAGGGCGAUGGUCUUAAUAUUUCCCUCAGAGAAGCCAUUACAGCCUCAACUCUCACGCUUGACGCGACAAAAGGGCAAUAUCUCACAGGCACCGUCAAUCCCAACUCCACCAUAGCACCAGAAACGUAUACGCUCGACCAAGCACUGCUCGAUCGACCUGGUCAAACGGAUAUCCAACUAGGCCUGUUCUACGACUACAGAAAAAAUGUCGAGAUGUAUCCUCAGUUCCAGGAAUACUUCCGGAAGAGCCAAGUCCCACUAAUUGCGUUUUGGGGGAAGAACGAUCCUAUUUUCAUUCCGGCGGGUGCAGAGGCUUUUAAAAAGGAUUUGCCGAAUGCUGAGAUUCAUCUUUUAGAUGCGGGGCAUUUUGCGGUGGAGAGUAAUACGAAGGAGAUUGCGAAUUUGAUGUUGAGAUUCUUGAAGAAGAAUGGGAUUUAA